AUGAAUGCUAAAACUUGCACAAGGGAAACUACGAAAUAAUUUUUACCAUUGUUUAAUGAUAUAGAUUUAUUCCAUUUAGUAGGCAUGUUUUUGGACAUUCUUUAAUUACAUUAUACAUACUAACAAAUUAUUAACAAUAAAAUUAGCUCAUUCAAUUAAUAAUUUCAGGAUAUAAUGAAUUCAUGGAAUUUAAUUAGAAAUACAAUUGGACUAUUUGGUUCUGCUGUCCAUGAAGGAUAAACAAUAAUUGGAACUGAAUUAGCACCUAGAGUACUUCGAAAAGGGGGAUUGAUAUCGGCUCUCUAUAAUUUAGGAUGA